CACAUCUUCAAUCUUUAUACCUGCGGUCGGCAAAAGCUUAUCCUACCUCAGAUUGCUAAUAACGACCUAUCAUGAAAAUGUUUACUGUGAAAAAAUAGAGCAGAAAUGAGGACAAAUGCUCUGUCCUCAAACUCAAACGGCCAUGAAAUCCCAAUCCCCAUCUCGAUUCUCCUCUCCUCUCGCGCUCCGGCCGCCUGGAAGCUCUACCGCCCAAUCGGCUCUGGCCGCGCUCCAACCGCUGCCCAGUAGCAUGCGCGCCGUCUCCGUGCUCGAGGCCAUCAAGAGCCGCCCCAGCGCUCACGAUCGUCCGGCUUCGCGGGCGGGAGGCGCCAUGACCAAUUCGAGCAGCAGCAGCGCCGCGGGACGAUUCUCUGGCCAUCGUUCCCGACGCCGCCGAGCACCUCUGAUAAAAGGCCGGUCUUUUCCACAUCCUCUUUUCUACCUGAGCUUCUAUCUGCGUCGGUGGUCACAUGCACGGGGAACGCCAUGGAUGUGCGCAGGAAAGGGAGGAGAGAAAGCUGGGGAAGCUGCAGCCGGAGAAUACGCCACCAGCGCCGGCGCCGCCGUGAGAAAGGGAGGGGAGAAAGCUGGGGAAGCUGCAGCCGGAGAAUACGCCGCCGGCGGGGCCCUCCGCCCCCACUACGACGGGCACCUGCGCCCAGGCCCGUUUAUGUGACUCAGGGAUGAGAAUAGUAUGAAUAUGUAUAUAAUCUUGGGCUAUGUAUUUCUGGAUAAAAAAAAAACGUGCCACGGGAGGCUCCAGUGUCC